AUGGCUUCCCCAAGCCUCUCCCCGAGCCCGAAGGAGGGACUCGAACUCCGCGACGACAUCUCCCUUGGCGGCGUUGAAGUCGGAGAAGGGAGUUCGGAGAAACUGAGUUCGUCCACAGUCAACCGCAUGCUGACAGAAUUCUUCGUGUACUUCCUCCGUGGCAUCGUACUCUUCUUCCCCGUCUACCUGACGGGCUACCUGGGCCUGAGCGUCAGCUGGCUGCUGCUGUGCAUGCUCAUGAUCACCUGGUGGAAGAAGAACCGACAGUGGAAGGACUCUCGGAUCGGAACAGCCAUCGACUUUGUGGACAACGAGACGCAAGUGGUGAACACGGAGCUUAAGAACUCCUUGCAGAUGGCAUCAUGGGUCCAAUUCAAUGACGUGGAGAAAGUGGAAUGGGUUAACAAGGUGUUGGACCAGGCGUGGCCUUUCUUUGGGAUGUUCAUGGAAAAGCUUCUCCGGGGAAACAUCCAGACAGCCGUCAGGCAGUCCAACUCUGAGCUCAAGACGUUCACUUUCACUAAGAUCCACUUUGGACACAUACCACUCAGGAUCGUCGGAAUAAAAGCGUACACUCAUGAGGUGGACCACAGGGAGGUGAUUCUGGACAUGACAAUCAAUUAUGAAGGCGACGUGGACAUUGAUGCGGAAAUCAAAUCAGCCAUCACAGCUGGUGUCAAAGGACUGAAACUACGGGGGAUGAUCCGGGUGAUUCUACAACCUCUCAUUGGUCAAGUGCCACUCGUUGGAGGAGUCACCUUUUUUUUCAUACGUCGCCCGACCCUUGAAAUCAACUGGACUGGCAUGACCAACAUUUUAGACAGCCCGGCCUUCAGUUCACUGUCCGAGGACACCAUAAUGGACAUCAUCGCCUCCCUCAUGGUGUUACCCAACCGCAUGUGCUUUCCACUUAUCGACCAAGUCAAAGUGGACCAGAUGAGAUUUCCGCUGCCCCGUGGAGUGGUGAGAGUAUACUUAGUGGAAGCUCGAGACCUUUUGGCGAAGGAUACCUACAUGCUGGGGAUGGUGAAGGGCAAGUCGGACCCUUACGCCACACUCUGCGUUGGGGACCGCAAAGUCAAGAGCAAAACAAUCAAAGAGAAUUUGAGCCCCACUUGGGCUGAAGUAUAUGAGUUCGUUGUCCAUGAGGCACCAGGACAAGAGCUGGAAGUGGAGAUUUAUGAUGAAGAUGCAGACAAAGACGACUUCAUUGGAAGGUACCAUCUGGAUUUGGGAGACGUGAAGAAGGAGAAACAAAUAGAUAAGUGGUUUCCUCUGGAUGAUGUCGACCAUGGAGAAGUUCAUCUGAAGCUUCACUGGCUUUCGCUACAAAGUGACUCCACUCUGCUGAAAGAGUCUUCCGAGGGCUAUGCCUGCGCCAUGCUCGCGGUGUAUCUGGACAACGCCUCCAACCUUCCUAAAGAUCUAAGUGAGAUUGAGCAGCAUCAAAAAAAGAAGCAUGGGCGAGAAGGUCGGCUCACUAGGAAGUCUGCAGGUCCAAGCUCCUUUGUGGAAUUUUCCAUCAAUGACAAUGUGCAGAAAAGCAAGGUUGCGUUUUCAACCAAAAACCCCGUGUGGGAGGAGGGUUUCACUUUCUUCGUGCAUGACGUCAAAACACAGCAGCUCUUUAUCCAGGUGAAAGAAAACGAGAAGAAGACGCAGCUAGGGGUUCUGCGCUUACCCCUCAGUCGCUUCAUCAACGUCUCCAACAUGACGCUGGACCAGCGCUUCAUGCUUGAUCAGUCAGGAGCGAACAGCCAGCUUAAACUCAAGGCUACGCUUCGGAUUCUUACUCUGGAACAGCCACCUCCCAAAAUCAUCGUUACCCCUCAAGUGGAGCAACAAAUACCGCAGAACAAAGCGAACACUGUCUCUUCACCCGCCGUUCCUUAUGACACGAGUCCAGCCGGUCAAGCCUCGCCCGCAGUCAGUCCGGGCAAUCCCCGGAAGUUCCCACCUGAAGACUUCUCAACACACCGGCGUGGUUCUUAUCUGGCGUCGGAGGCCUUGAGGCAGUCCCCGGCUACCAUGAGCAUGAGACGUUACGACUCCCACAGCCUCCUGUCAGAAAAUACUCUGGCGUCGUCGCGCUUAGAUCUGGCUGAUGGAGCAUCGUAUCCAGAGGUCCUGCGCAAACAUCGUGGUUCUUUAGGGGAGAUUAACCUGACAGUGCGCUACGCCACCCUGAGGAAGAAACUCGUCAUUAUGGUCAACUCCUGCAGGGACAUCUUUCCCUGCAGUGAAAAUGGAACUGACUCUUAUGUGCGGCUGUACUUGCUGCCCGACCAAACGUGGCGACACCGCAAGAGAACGCAUGUAAAGAAAAGGACCGUCCAUCCCGUCUUUGACGAGAAGUUUGAGUUUGACGUAUCCCUUGAAGAGGCUCUAACCCGCACAUUGGACGUUUCAGUAAAAAACAAUAAAAUGUUCCACAUGCGGGAAAGGAAGGAUAUUGGAAUGGUGCUGGUUAGUCUUGCCCAAUUGGAUCUAGUGAAAGGUGUCAAAGACUGGUAUAAACUUUCGUUGCAAGGCCUGAAGCGGGACAGCAGAGGGGAACUUUAA